UCAAUAUUGUUUCUGUUUUGUAAAAAUGAAGAAUUUAUAUUUUAUGCACUUUACAAAAGUAUUAUUAAUCACAUUAAUAUUCAGCAUAAUACAAACAUCAAUCAGUGCGGCAACAAAUGACACAAUUGACGAGGAGGAAGAAUGUCCCAGUUUAUCGAAUGCAGCCAGUUUGCAGCAGACGCAACUUAUACAAAGAUUAACCCAUGUCUGUCGAUAUGAUCGUCUAGAGCGACCCAUUGAGUAUAACAAUGUGACAUUGGAACGUUUACCGAUUGUGGUUAAGACCCGCAUCUAUGUAUAUUUUUUGCAAAAUCUCAACUCGGAUUUGUUGCAAUUCAAAAUGCAUGCCCUAUUGCAAUUAAGUUUCCAGGACAAGAGAUUGGCCUAUAAGGAAUUCGAGCGGACUGACAAUAUAUUGGGGCAAAAGCAUUUAAGCGAACGCCUCUGGUUGCCACACAUAUUCUUUGCCAAUGAACGUGAAUCCUCGAUACUUGGAACGGAUGAGAAGGAUGUCUUAACUUCGCUAUCGCCGGAGGGCAAUGUCAUCAUAUCGACACGAAUGCAGGCCUCGCUCUAUUGUUGGAUGAAUUUCAAAAAGUUUCCAUUCGAUCAGCAAUAUUGUUCAACAGUUUUGGAGAGUUGGAUGUACAACACAUCCGAUUUGUUAUUGGAAUGGGAACAAGAGUCACCCAUAUCAUUUGAUCCCGAAAUGCGUCUUACUGAAUAUAAUAUGGGCAAAUAUUGGCAUAAUACGACAGUUGUUCAUUCGGAUAUGGUUAAUUUGCGGCAUGGAGCUUUCAAGGGUGAUUAUAGUUCAUUGAGUUUUACGGUCAACUUGAAGCGUGAGAUUGGUUUCUAUCUGUUGGACUAUUAUCUGCCUUCCAUGAUGAUAGUGGCCAUAUCAUGGGUUUCAUUCUGGCUUCAGGCAGAUGCCUCUCCGCCGCGCAUUAUGUUGGGCACUAGCACCAUGUUGUCAUUCAUAACGCUGUCCUCGUCGCAGAGCAAAACAUUGCCCAAAGUUAGCUAUAUUAAAGUGUCGGAAAUUUGGUUUAUCGGUUGCACCUUCUUCAUUUUUGGCAGUCUGGUUGAAUUCGCUUUUGUCAAUACGAUAUGGCGACGCAAGGAGAAUAUUGAACUGAAGAAGGUCAAUAGUAAAUAUAUCAUCAAGUCCACAUUGACACCACGACCAGCUAGGCGACAAAUUGGCGGUAGUUUGAGUAGCGAUUCGCGAGCUAGGUCCUGCUCCAGUUUGGACAACAUUGUGUCCAGCACGGAGAGUGUACGUAAUGGCAAUGGCAACGUGAAUCAGGGCUUUAACAAUUACCUAACCGUUCAUCCAAAUUUACCCAUCAUUAAGACCGAGUGUGCCGACAAUGUUUCCAUUUCCAGUGAAAGGACAAACAGCAAUGAUCACAUUGUUGAUAUUGACAAGGACAAGAAGGAGACACCGCCAACAUUUACCACCAUGACGCCACAGGAGAUAGCCAUGUGGAUUGAUAGGCGAUCACGAUUUGUGUUUCCAGUCAUGUUUCUAAUUUUCAAUGCCCUCUAUUGGACAUUUGUUUAUGUAUUAUAAGAAACGAAAUGAAAUUUAUAUAUAUAUAUAUAUAUUUAUAUACAUGCAUACAUAUAUACUAUAUAUCAUCGCAGAAUUGUUGCCAUAAAUGUGAAAUCUUGUCGUCUUUUGUGUUUGAUCAUGUUUUUUUUUAUACAAAUAAUAAUUUUAAUUAAUUGUAAGGUGCCUCAUCUCAUAGUUGUACAAAUGUUGCUCAUAAACAAAUUACUUUUGACAUGAUAAA